CUACAGACAAACCUAGCAGGCUCACACUAACAGUUAACUAUCUCUGUAGCUGAUUUAUUAGAGCUUGUAAACAUAACCGGAUCAAAUGGUUUGUGAGACAUGCAGCCAUGGGUGACAUGAAAACCCCCGAUUUUGAUGAUCUUCUGGCUGCUUUCGACAUCCCAGAUGCCACUGGGUUGGACGCCAAAGAGCCCAUCCAGGAGAGUCAUGAAGACACGGACAGUCAGCUGAAACACACAGGGAUAUGUCUCGAUGACAGUUUACUGAGUAACCAAGCUGUCACAGCACCAGAUGUCCCCGCUGUAAGUGUGAUUGUGAAAAACACAAGUCGCCAGGAGUCGUUGGAAGAUUUUGAACCAGCAUUGCAAAACGGAUUCAGUGGACAAGACACCUCGAUUGACUCUGUUGAGACAACCAACAUUUGCUUUUCCAAAUCCUUUGUCUCUGCUUUGAAUGGGGAUAAUUCAAGAGAUCUUCUUGGAAAGGAACCUAUUCAUCACAAACCUGAUGGAGCACCUUCAUUUUCCCACACACUUGACUCUGAUUUUAGUCCCAUCUCCAGUCCUGAGUCUGAAGAAACUCACUGUAGUAAAGAUGAAAUGUAUCCAAAACCAGACAGACCCUGUUUCCCUCAGGCUCCAGAUCUGGUGGAACCUUCUAUCCUAGACAAUAGAAACAAAUUUGACUUCAGCAUGUUUGAUGACUGCCCAAAUGACUAUAUUCCCCAAAACACUGAGACUAGAAGAGAUGAAAAAAAUACAAAUGAAGAGUCUUCUGGCAACUAUGCCAGUAAUAAAACAGAUCAAAUACCUAGUUUACAGAGUGCGCUUCCCCCACCAAGCGAUAACCAGAGCUUUAAUGAGACCAACUGCAACUCAAGAACUACAUUGGAUGUUCCCACUUAUCCACUUGUCAAAUCUCAGACGUCUAAAGUGUCAUCUUGCCUUGAGGCUAUGGUGGCUUUAAAUGCUAGAAAAGAACCCUGUGAGCAGAUCUCUUCCAGCGAAUCAUCAGCUCUUCAGAAUGACUGUGUGAAAGCAAGCCCCAAUGUGCCUAUGUCCCCACGAAGUCCACUUGAAGCUGUGAAACGGUUAAUGAAGCCCUCUGAUAGUCCCGUAAGCAUCUGCAGUGAUAGUAGUGGCAAAGCAUCCCCCGCAGUGGCAACUGGGUCCCCCCCUGCCAUACCCAGGGUAAGAAUUAAAACCAUUAAAACCACAACUGGGCAGAUCAAGCGCACAGUCACCAGUGUACUGCCUGAUUCAGAAACCGAUGAAGUUCACUCCGCAUAUGAAACUUCUCCAUCACAUAGUAUAAUAAGUGAAGAUUCGUACUGUAAUUUGUCCCCCCAUCAAUCUCAAAGUGAGUCAGUUGAUAAUAUUGUUGGAGUACAAACUAAAGAUAUGCCAGCUAGCACAUCUUCACCAAAAGUGUUACGCAACAAGUCAGAGGUUAACUCCAGGAGGUCAGGCCUAAAGCAGUGUGCAACAGUUUUCCAUGAGACGAGUGGUCCUGUCAAACGAUCUGCUGCACAUCAGGGGAAACCAAAGAGAGGAUCAGCCCCAACAGGUCAUACAACUACCACCACUUUUCUUCCCAAAGCAAUGCACUUAGCUAGUCUGAACCUGGUCCCUCACAGCGUUGCUGCUUCCGCAGCUACACGAUCCACCUCUCAUCAACCAAGCCCACACACAGUCGACAGCACCGUCCCACUGGUGCAUCAGGUCAAAUCAGCCAACCCGUAUCCACGCACGUCCUUUCCCAACUCAGCAGCAGGAACUUUAAACAGACUGUUGAACAAUGCCAACCCUGUGCCUACAUAUGUGCCCAACCUGAACCCCCCUCCAGACAGCAAUAUCAACCUACCACCACGCGGAUACUGCUGCCAUGAGUGUGGAGACUCCUUCGGGGUGGAAAGCAGUCUUGCAUUUCAUUACAGCAGGAGGAGUGUUCAUAUUGAAGUCGGAUGUACGCACUGUGCGAAGACAAUGGUGUUCUUCAACAAGUGUGCCUUGUUGGCACAUGCAAGGGAGCACAAGAACAAUGGCAUGGUGAUGCAGUGCACACAGCUCCAUAUGAAACCCAUAGCAGAGGAACACAUGUUUGUACCUCAGGGUGCUGUGAAUGUGGUUUCUUACAACUCGCCCUCGUUUAAAAGCCAACCUGUCCUGCCCUUAUAUCCAGACAAUGUCAUUCGCCACCGACUCCGUUGCCUGGAGUGUAGCAAGCAGUUAUCUGACUACAAAGCACUUGCGUUCCACUACCAGAGGCCGUCGGACGACGUGGAAGGACUUAUGUGUACGGUGUGCUCGAUGUUAUUACCCAACAAGUGCAGCUUUAGAGCUCACCAACGCAUUCACGCACACAAGUCCCCUUUCUGCUGUCCUGAGUGUGGGGCCCAAAGUCGUUCUGCAGACAUACAGAAGCAUGUCAGGGAAAACUGUCUCCACUAUGCUCGCAAAGCUUGGUACAAAUGUCUUCACUGCGAUAUGGUUUUCAAGACCCUUCAAGGACAAAAGACUCACAUUGAGGAGAAGCACUGUGACGUUUUAUACAAGUGUUCCCUCUGUUCAGUUGCCUUCAAGACCUCUGAAAGCUGUGAACUGCAUUUAAAAAACAAACACAGUGAAGGCAAAACAUCCCCGCUGUUAAUCUUUAGGUGUUCAUGUGAGAUGGUUUUCAAGAAAAAGCAGUCACUAUUUCAGCAUUUCCAUCAGAACGCCAACAAGCGUGUUACGUGCGUAUUUAAGUGCCCAGAAUGUAACUCGGUCUUUCCACAAAAGCAGCUGUUGAUGCAGCACUUCAAGACUGUUCAUGCAGGAAACAUGACAACGGAGACGGAAAAGACCAGUCAACAAACGACCAGUGAACAAACAGACAAUCCUGACCGGUACCAGGAUGCUAAUUCUGUCCAGCAACAGAAGAGUCAUAGCCCUGUUAAACACACAGAUAGGCCCAGAAAAAAGGCUGAGCAGAACAGAAGACCCCGUGUGAAGCCCACUGGCUGGACGUGUGGGGAGUGUCUCAAGUGGUUCCCUGAACGAGACUCCUAUGUUUCUCACGUGAAGACCAACCACAGAAAGUCAGGAAAGAAGUAUCCAUGUCGACAUUGCGAGCAGUCUUUCAGCUCUCCAACCAGUCUGAGACGACAUAUUCGCAAUGACCAUGAUGGUAAAAAGAAAAUUUACACAUGCUGGUAUUGCACGGACACCAGGACAAUAUUCACGACGAGUGUCAUGUUGAAGAACCACAUCAGUUUAAUGCAUGGAAUCAAAAAUCCUGAUCUUAGCCAAAUGCUGAAAACAGCCAUCAAGGAAUCAAAAAAGGCUUUCGGCAAGGGUUCCUUAUCAGAAAGACCCGCCGUGGACACACAGGUGAAGGGAAAGGACGGCACUCGUAAUCUCGAGGCUCCUCCAGCAAAACGUGUGAAAACUCAGUUCCGCUGUUCAAAGUGUGGCUUUGUGACAGACGACGGUCCACAGUUCCAGCAGCACAUACCACAGCAUAAAACGGAUGAAAACACUCCUCAGUGCCUUCACUGCGGCUUGUGUUUUACAUCGUCGUUGUCUCUCAACAAACAUCUGUUCAUUGUGCACAAAGUCAAAGACACCGAGGGGCCGAAGAGAAGAGGAGAGGAGGACGAGGCGGAGGUGAGGGAGACGGUGCAGUUUAAUCAGCCGGUCAGAUCAGCAGAUACUGACGAGGUCGAUGACUUGUCACCGCAGCUGAAUGAACCUGAGCCCUCACGAGCGGGAGAGCCAGCCGGUCCGCACUGUGACAAGACCUCAGGCGGUCAUUUGAAAGCGAGCACACACACUCCAACACAAGCAGUGUCUCUCCGGUAGUGAGCCCGAGGACAGCUGCUCGAAUAGCUUCGGCUUGGCUUUUCACGUGAAAGUAACAAGGGAUGCUUGAUGUUCUGCAUGGAUGUGUUUGGGCCUCUACAUUUUUUUAUUUCUCGCAAGUUAUUCAGAGGCUGUGCGGUAUAUUCAAGCACUUCCUUACCAUUUAAUAAAGAACAGUAUUUUCAUAAAGCGGGGGCGAAUUAAUAUGACGCUUUCUAUCGCUUUUAUUUAACUCUGCAUGUCGGUAAUAUAUUCAUCUUGCCCUGCACACAUAUUACACCUGAAGCUUUUUUAUUUUUACUUCUUCUUUCCCCAAAUGUUCCAUCCACCCUGACACGAGACCCAUGAUGGUUCUGUGAGUGUUUAUGUCCAUAAUUGAUUGAUGUCACAGUGGAGAGGUGGAUUUUUCGCCUUUGUUAUAAACUUUUAUUUUAAUUGGGUUUUUUGUAUUUAAUGCAACACAUUAUAUUACCUGAAUGGGAAUCAGGUUGCAGUUUUUAUUUCAUGACUGUGGUGCAAAUUAUUUGCAGUACAAAGCUAGAUUUAUAAUCGCCACAUAUAAUAAUUCGGUAUUCAUUUAAAGUCGUAUUUCAGUAUUCUUGGUAAACAGUUAUUCGUAAAACUUGUCUUGCUAAGCAAAGUCUACUGAAGUUAGGCUACACAAGACGUUCUUUCGUUUCUUUCUUUCACUUUAUAAACUUUAAAAACACUUUAUUUUAUAUAUUUACGCAUUUUUAAAUGCUUCUGAUUCUUUGUUAAGUGCACAUGUUUGAAUUGCAGCAGUAUUGAAAAUACCUCAAAUUGCCCGAAGUGUAAUUUUUUAGGCAAGUGAACCGUCAAUGUAAUGUCAAAUCAGGGUACAUUGUUUUAGAGAAUCCAGAGCAGGUGUGUGAAAGUGAAUUUGGCGGCAUAUCGGAGAUGCUGUUUUACAAAUCAGGACCUCUUAACAUGACGAUAACGACACUCGCGGGAUUCAAAGACUUUCUUAAUUCCAUUAAGGAAAGAAACUUCUUAGCUCAGCGCUCCGAGCGAUGGCACGUCUUGUCUGCGCGUCCUGGUUUGUGAAACCGGACCUCUUGUUUGGUUUUGAAAACAUGACAGUUCCUACCUCCGUGGUUAAUGGCAGUGAUUGUUAAACAAAGGAAGAGAAGAGGAGUUGCAGGUUAUCUCAGUACAAUGUAAAAAAAUAUAUAUAGUUUAGAAAAUAUAUUAUUCCAAAUUAUUGAAUUUUAUAAAUUUGUUUGGGAAUGAUAUUAAGGCUAUAUGGUCAUAUUGACUUAACAUACAAGUGAAUUUUUCUAUUUAAGUGCUAUGUGAGCUCUUUAUUUCUCUGUAAUCUUAGAUCCUUCAUUUACCACGCUUGCAACUGUUGAACUGCAGAGGCUGAAAAGAAUGACUUGUUCACGACUUGUUAUUUUGUAUUGCUUGUUGAAAGAUAUUUGUACUUUUGAUACCGUGUAAAGCGAGGACUUGCGUAGGAAAGUUACCUGUGUACAUAAGUAGCCAAUGAGCCCUGGAUUCACAGCAUUUCUUAAGCCGUUACAUCUAUUCAGCAUGCAGUGGCCCAUGUGCCUUGCUGUAAUGUUUACGUCAAAGUAUCUACAAAUAAAUCUGUGCAUUUAAUUACAUACA